AUGACGCUCGCGCUUAGCGACCAGGGCGUACUCUCCCCCUCAGGCAUCUGCAAAACGUUUGAUGCCACUGCCGAUGGAUAUGGACGUGGCGAGGCCGUGAACGCCAUCUACAUCAAGCGACUAAGCCAGGCCAUUGAGGAUGGGGAUUCGAUCCGCGCGAUCAUCCGCGGAACCAGCGUAAACUGCGACGGCCGCACGCAGGCGAUGCUGACGCCCAGUCCGACAGCGCAGGAGGCGCUAAUCCGCCGUGCAUAUGAGCAGGCGGGCAUCCAAGACAUGUCCCGGACAGCCAUGGUGGAGUGUCACGGUACCGGUACCAGUGUCGGCGACCCGCUGGAAGCCACUGCUGUCGCCAAUUGUUUUGGGGAUAAAGGGAUUUACAUCACUUCUGUCAAGCCCAACGUCGGGCAUUCAGAAGGAGCCGCGGGCCUCACCAGUCUGAUUAAGGCAAUCCUAGCGAUUGAACACCGCCAAAUACCACCAAAUAUUUUCUUCGAGUCACCCAACCCAGCCAUCCCCUUCUCGAAGUGUAAACUCCGCGUCCCGGUUAAAACUGAAGAAUGGCCAGACGCUCGCGCUGAGCGAGUGAGCGUCAACUCGUUCGGAAUCGGCGGCGUAAAUGCUCAUGUAAUUGUUGAAUCAUUACGGGAGUACCAAAACCACGACCGGGGCUUGUCCAAUGGCUCAACCACCUCCUCGUCUCCGGCCGGCGACAUGACGCCAACGGACAGUGAUGGCUUUGAAGACGUCGGCAGUAGUGAGUCCAGUACCGUGGACGAAUUCGCGAACAGCGACGGCGUCCACAGUAAUGGCCACCAGGACGUCGAUGGAUCUGCCGAGUCCAAAGCCAGCGAUGCCAAGCUAGAGAGCAAUGAUACACCUCAGUCUCGCUCAACUCCAAGCAACGGCGACCAGACUUCUCACACGGUUGGACGAAGGAAUGGAUAUAGUGGCGACGACGUCGAGUUUCCAGAGCGUCCGCACCUACUUCUUUUCUCGGCUACCAGCGAACCAGCACUGAAAGACACGGUCAAGACGUACCAGGAAUUCCUUCCCACAAGUCAUAUCUCCCUCAAAGAUGUGGCUUACACCUUGGCUCUUCGACGAGAUCACAAGCCUCAUCGUGCCUUUGCAAUCGCCGGAAACAAGUCAUCCAUUGAGCUGUCGCAGCUAGAGACAGUAAAGACGCCAGCUCGCAUCGCUUGGGUAUUCACUGGCCAAGGCGCGCAGUGGCCAGAGAUGGGCGCAGAGCUCAUUGACACCAACCCUGUAUUCCAGGCGACAAUCCGCGGCCUGGACGCAUUCCUGGCCGGAUUACCCAGCCCACCGCCUUGGACCAUCGAGAGUGAAUUGCGCAAAACGGCUGGGGAUAGUCGCGUCCAAAAGGCAGAGUUCGGCCAUCCUCUGUCCAUCGCCGUACAAAUUGGUCUCAUUGACGUGUUGAAGUCGUGGGGCAUCAAGCCAGAUCUGGUGCUUGGCCAUUCUUCGGGCGAAAUGGCCGCGGCGUACGCCAGUGGCUCUAUCACCGCUAAAGCCGCAAUGGCCGCCGCAACUUUCCGCGGCACCACCAGCACUAGUGGCACAGCUGAGAAGCGUGGCUCAAUGGCGGCGAUUGGCCUAGGAGCCCACGAAAUGGCUCCCUACAUGGAGCCUGGUGUUGUGGUUGCCUGUGAGAACAGCCAGUGCAGUGUCACCAUUUCCGGCGAUUCUGAGCAAGUUGAGAAAGUGGUUCAGAACGUGAAGACGCAGCGAGAAGGUGUUCUGGCCCGCUUCUUGCGUGUUGAGAAGGCUUUCCACUCCCACCACAUGCUCGAGUACGGACCUCUGUAUGAGGAGCACUUGCAGCCGUUCGUCAGCAGUACUUCACCCUUAAUCCCGUUUUACUCGUCUGUUACUGGUAAGAGGUUGAGCGGCGAUGGAUGCCUGGGGCCUGCGUAUUGGCGCAGGAACAUGGAGAGUCCGGUCUUGUUCAACACUGCAUUGCGGUCCGCCAUGACCGCGUACGAGGGCCGCCUCGUGCUCAUCGAGAUCGGGCCUCAUCCAGCCCUGAAAGGCCCCAUUGGCCAAAUACUGAGAGACAUGGGACGUUCGGCAGACGUUCACGUCGGCACGCUGCAACGCGACAAGGGCUGCGACGAGAGCCUUCUUCAACUUGCUGGCAAGCUGUUCCAGCAGGAUGUCAACGUCGACUUCUCCCAUGUAUUAUUGCCGAGCGGCCGUCAUGUUGCAAACCUGCCUCGUUACCCGUGGAAGCGGGACAAUAGCCACUGGGCCGAGUCCCGCAUGACGCGAGAGUGGAGGUUCAGGGAGCACGCCCCUCACGAGUUGCUUGGAUCUCGCGUCACCGAGAUUUCCAACGAGCCAUGCUGGCGAACUAAGCUUGCCCUCGAAGACGUAUCUUGGCUGUCUGGCCAUGAGGUUGGUGGCCAAGUCGUCUUUCCCGGUGCGGGCUACAUCUCCAUGGUUGGAGAAGCCAUUCGACAGCUGCACGAGGAGUUGGCAUACAGCCUCAAGAAUGUCAGCAUCAAAGCCGGCCUGGUUCUAGAACACGGCAAGACGGUAGAGAUUGUAACAAGCCUAUCUCCAGUUGCGACAGAUUCGUCCGAUGAAGCGUCAUGGUAUACGUUCAGCAUUAGCUCCUACGACGGAACGAAAUGGGUGAAGCACUGUGUUGGAGAAGCGAGAGCUUCUGUCGACAAGGCAGCCCAACUCAGCGUUCAGUCGCCGAAAGGUUAUGCUAGAACCGUCGAUGCGAAUGAGUGGUACAACAUACUCAAUCGCGUUGGAUUCAACUACACAGGCUUGUUUCGUGGCCUGGGCAGCAUUACUGCGGCGCCGGGAGACAAUCGCGCGGCAGCAUCUGUGCCGUCGCUGUCGCAGGCUGGGAAGUUCGCAAUGCAUCCUGCUGUCAUGGACCAAUGCUUUCAGUUGUUUACCGUUUCAGCAUACGGUGGACUGGGUCGAAACUGCAAGAACAUUGCUGUUCCGACCUUCAUCGAAGAGAUCAUUGUGCGUCCCACUGCACAUGAUCUGCGAGUCGGGGCAACCAUCCACACUCUGGAGCGCGGCUCAUUCGUCGGCGACCUCGUCGCUGAACAGGCCGGCGAAUUGCAGCUCUCUCUAAAGGGAUUCAAAGCAUCUGCGUUGACGAGAAGUGAUGACGAAGAUGAAAGCCUGCCUUUGAUCACUCGCUUCGAGUGGAGGCCUCAUGCUCACUUCGUGUCGUUGGCGGACUACUUACACCCUCGGACGCACAUCCCACGGGAGUGGCCUCUUUUCGAAGAGAUGAUGCUUCUUUGCGCAAUUGAUCACUUGGAGACGAUAAAGUUGACCGGCGAGACCCAGCCGCAUCUGCGCAAGUUCUUUUCAUGGAUGCAGGGUCAAGUGGACAAGUACCGUUCUGGGCGCAACCUGUUUGUUGCCAAUGAUCGUGGGCUGUUGGAACUCACCAAAGCUCAACGGCUUGGAAGGAUUGCAGAGAUUGCCGCAGACGGCGAAAAGUCGCAAUAUCCGGCUUUCUGCAUCGCCAUUCACCGGCUGUUUCAAACCGCCGAGUCUAUCUUCAGCGGCGAGACCCAUCCGUUGCAUGUGCUAAUGAAGGACGAUGUUCUUACGGAGUUCUAUGCUGUUGGCGACGAACUCAAUUAUGCCACUGCUCUCCGCGUGCUGGGGCAUACGAACCCAAGACUAAGAAUCCUAGAAGUCGGCGCAGGCACCGGUGGCACGACUGUCAAGGUUCUCAAGGCGCUCACAUCAUCCACUGGCGAGAGACUGUACAGCACUUACACCUAUACUGACAUCUCCGCUGGCUUCAUGGCGUCGGCAAAGGAGCGCUUCUCUGGAGUGGAAGGCCUGCAAUAUGCCACCCUCGACAUUUCGCAGGACCCAUCAGAGCAAGGAUACCUGGAGGGGAGCUACGAUUUGAUCAUUGGCUCGAAUGUCAUUCACGCUACCCCCAACCUGAAUGUGUCCCUGUCCCACCUGCGAAGACUGCUGAGCCCUGGUGGCAAGCUCUUUUUGCAGGAACUUUGCCCCGAUGCAAAAUACGUCAACUAUGUCAUGGGUUUCCUACCCGGCUGGUGGCUGGGCGACGGCGACAAUCGUCCCGAUGAGCCCUACAUCUCCGCCGACAGAUGGGCCAAGGAAAUGGUGGCAGCCGGAUUCGCCGAACCAGAGGCCAUGGUGAUUGACGGUAUCACUCCUUACCAACAGAGCGCAGGAAUCAUCGCCUCUCCAGCUUGCGAGACAUCGAAGCCCUUGGCGGUCUCGCUACUUUCGCACAGUAUGGAUGGGGCAUACGUAGCGGAAGCAAAGCGUGUGCUCGAGGACUUAGGGGUCGCGGUUGACGUGGUCACAUUUGGCCAGCCGUUGCCGAGCCACGAUGUCGUCAGCUUGCUCGAUCUUCAGGCUUCAACUGUCCAUGAUCUGACCGAGCCCUCGUUCAAGACACUCGUGGCGCAAUUGCAGGCGCUAGACCUGGAUGCCAAGGUCAUAUGGGCGACUCGCUCUGCGCAAGUUGCCUGCACAGAUCCCAGGACUGCGAUGAGCCUGGGCCUCACCCGAACAGCUCGCAGCGAGCUCUCCGUCAAGCUGUUCACCGUCGAGAUUGAUGACAAGACUAAUCACUUGGCUGCUUCGAAAUGCCUCGUAGAUAUUCUCAUGAGACGCCACAGCCCACAGUUGGAUGCAGAGUCAAUGGACCCUGACUGGGAGUAUGCUGUCGUCGAUGGCCAGAUUUUGGUCCCAAGAAUGCAUUGGCAAACCAUGGCAGCUGCCUUUGAGCGAACCAACGGCGACGAUUCUCGCCCUACGGAGAAACAUCUCAGCGUCAAGACCCCAGGGUUGCUGCACACUAUGGGCUGGAGCCAAUCCGAACGUGCACCUCUCGAGCACGGACAGGUGACCGUCCAAACAAGGGCAAUUGGAUUAAACUUCAGAGAUGUUCUCAUCGCGCUUGGUGUUCUGGACAAUAGCACUCGCGAGAUCGGCCUGGAAGGCUCGGGCGUGGUGACAGAGGUUGGCCCCGGAGUCGAAAAGCUCCAGGUCGGCGACCGCGUCAUGUACAUGUCGAGCGGCUGCUUCACCACCCACAUAACACUUUCGCAAACGCUCUGCGUGAAGCUCGACGAUGGCCUGACAUUUGAGCAAGGCGCGGCACUGCCCUGUGUCUAUGCCACAGCUGCAAUGGCUCUCGUGGACAAGGCCAAUCUCCAGCCAGGACAGACAAUCCUCAUUCAUUCAGCCUGUGGCGGCGUGGGACUUGCUGCCAUUCAGAUCGCGCAAAUGCUUGGUGGCGAGGUAUACUGCACGGUGGGCAAUGAAGACAAGGUCCGCUAUCUCAUGGACAACCACAAUAUCCCGCGUCAUCGUAUCUUCAAUUCUCGCGAUACGUCUUUCCUGCGCGACGUAAUGGCGGUGACGGACAAUCGAGGCGUUGACGUCGUGCUUAACUCCCUCUCCGGAGAACUCCUCCACGCAUCAUGGCGAUGUGUCGCGGAGUUUGGCACCAUGAUCGAGAUUGGCAAGCGGGACUUCCGCCGCAGAGCUAAACUUUCCAUGGAGGCAUUUGAAGCCAACCGCACAUUUGUCGGCCUUGAUCUAUGGCAGGUUUCGCAGGUCCGCCCCGAGCAAGUUGCAAGGCUCCUGGAGCGUUGCAUCAAGUGGAUGCAGGCGGGAUCGAUCAAGCCCGGUGUCAUUGCAAGGGUGUGGGACGCCGAACAGGUCCAGGACGCGUUCCGAUUCAUGCAGGGUGGGCGUCACAUCGGUAAGAUCAUCGUGAAGAUGCCGCAGGACUCUGGCUCUCUGGAGUCAACCAAAGAGCGCCCAUCGCCUAGUCUUCGCCACGACCGGAGCUAUCUGCUCGUUGGCGGUUUGGGCGGACUCGGUCGGGCCAUUGCGACUUGGAUGGCUGAGAAUGGCGCCCGCCAUCUUAUCUUCCUCUCUCGGUCUGCCCGACAGGGCCCGCAAUUGGCAAGCUUCGUAGAGGAGCUUGCCGCCCAGGGCUGUGAAGUUCAGCUCGUCGCGGGCAGUGUGAGCUGCCCAGACGAUGUCAAGCGGGCCGUGGACGGUGCUUCGAAGCCGAUCGCCGGCGUCAUGAACCUUAGCAUGGUCUUGCGAGACAUUUCGCUGUCUGACAUGACUUUUGCCGACUGGACAACCGCCGUUGCGCCCAAGGUCCAGGGCACGUGGAACCUGCACGAAGCAAUCACCUCUGAGCUGGACUUCUUCAUCUUAUGCUCCUCGUACAGCGGCAUUGUUGGUCAAUGGGGCCAGGCGAACUAUGCCGCAGCAAACACCUUCUUGGACGCAUUCGUCCAAUACCGUCAUCACAAGGGAUUGGCGGCAUCUGUCAUCGACAUCGGCGUUAUGGGUGAGGUGGGAUUCGUUUCGAAGAACAAGGAUAUUCUGGGUCUCUUCCAAAAGUCCGGUAUGCGCAUCCUGAAAGAGCAGGAUCUUCUUGACGCCACGAACCUGGCAAUCCAGCGAUCGAAACCUUCUCGAGCCCAAGUCUCUGAUGGUUGCUUUGACAGCCCUGGGCAAAUUCUGCUCGGGUUGGUCACAAGCGUACCUAUUGCCUCCCCCAACAACCGUGUUGUCUGGAAGAACGACAUCCGCAUGAGCAUCUACCACAAUAUUAAUGGCGGAAAAGACUCCGCAUCCUCGGCAACUGCGGAGCUUGACGACAUCACGACGCUGUUGAAGUCGGCUGCUUCCGACCCAUCUGUCCUUCAAGACGAAGAGAGCACUGUGAUCAUUGCGACGGCCAUUGCGUCUGCUUUGGCCAACUUCUUGAUCAAAGAAGAAGGUAGCAUCAAAGUGGAAGACUCCCCGGAACAUGCAGGGCUGGAUUCCUUGGUUGCGAUGGAAUUGCGAAACUGGAUUCGGCAGAGAUUUGGCGUGGACACGACAGUGAUGACCAUUGUGCAGAGCACAUCAAUCAUGAGUUUGGGUGACUACAUCAGGACGGCCUUGGUCAAGCGAUCAUGA